GAUUUAGCGGCUUCCCAUUGCAUUUUCCCAUCUCUCCUCUGACCUCUUUGACCUUAUUCCCUCCAUCUCCCCAUUUCUUCAUUUACUCUCUCUCUCAAUGGAACAGUGAAACAGAAGAGGUUCUGAGUGUUCUCAUUGAAUGACAGAGCCACAUCUGAUCCUUUGGCUUGUCCUCUGCAUUUAUUCAUCCAACUGUACUCGAUCUUGAUGGUUCCACAUCUCAAGAAAUAUAUACACCCGCCAACACAUAUAUAUACACAGAUAUAUGUAUAUAAGGAGGGAGAGAGAGAAGAGAAAGGGAAUCCCCAUGCACCGAUCUGACAGCCAAUCUAAGUUCUUCUCUUUCUGCUGCUGCAUCAGUAACCAAACAAAUGCCUUAAACUCUCCAUGUUUCCAAGAUUAACCAGACAAGUAAGAAGCAAAGAGACUCCACUCCAUGCACUUGCAUCCAAAAAGAGUCAAAACAGAGAUCAUGCACUUACAACGGGCUCUUCCUCUUGCCCUCUUCUUCCUCUGUUCUUCACUCUGGUCGGUUUCGGGACAAACCCAUCACCCAGAUGAUCUUCAAGCUCUUCUCGAGGUGAAGAAAUCUUUAGCUACAGACGCUGAAGGUGAUGUUCUUCGACAAUGGAACUCCAAGAACACCGACUUCUGUACUUGGAUCGGUGUAACGUGUGGCUCUGUCUCCGACGGCGGAUCGUUUCGGGUUGUCGGGUUGAAUCUCUCUGGCUUGGGCUUAACCGGUUCGAUUUCCCCCUGGUUCGCCCGGUUUGACAACCUAACCCACCUCGACCUGUCGUCCAACAGUCUGGUGGGUCCCAUCCCACCUGCUCUCGCCAACCUCUCUUCCUUGGAGUCUUUGCUCCUCUUCUCUAAUCAGCUCACCGGCGGGAUACCCAGUCAACUCGGCUCGCUCAUCAACCUCCGAGUCAUGAAAAUCGGAGACAACGAGCUUACAGGGCCCAUCCCGGAGACUCUGGGGAACCUGGUGAACCUCCAGACGCUCGCCAUGGCCUCGUGCAGACUCACCGGGCCCAUACCGAGUCAACUCGGACAACUUGACCAGGUGGAGAGCAUGAUACUGCAGGACAACGAGUUGAACGGACAGAUUCCGGCCGAGUUGGGAAACUGUUCGAGCCUCACCGUGUUCACCGCGGCGCAGAACCGGCUCAACGGGUCAAUACCGGCGGAGCUGGGCCGACUCGACAACCUCCAGAUACUGAACCUGGGAAACAACAGUCUCUCCGGAGAAAUACCGAGCCAACUCGGCAAAAUGAGUCAACUCGGAUACCUGAACCUGAUGGGGAAUGAGCUUCAGGGUCUAAUCCCAAAGGCUUUGGCUGAUCUGGGCAAUCUUCAAACCCUUGAUUUGUCAGCGAAUAAUCUCACCGGAGGGAUACCGGAUGAAUUCGGGAACAUGGGUCAGCUUGUUAACUUGGUUCUUGCGAACAACGGUCUUUCUGGUUCUGUACCGAAGAGCCUAUGUUCCAACAACACAAACUUGGAGCAACUGGUUCUGUCGGGAACCCAUCUUUCCGGAGAAAUUCCAGCGGAACUCAGCAAAUGCCGGUCGCUGAAACAGCUUGAUUUGUCGAACAAUACUCUCUCGGGUUCAAUCCCUGAGGAGUUGUUCGAGCUGAUCGAACUGACUGAUCUGUAUCUCCACAACAACAGCUUGGAGGGUACGAUCACGCCCUCCAUAUCAAACCUCACCAAUCUACAGUGGCUCGUGCUUUAUCACAAUAACUUGGAAGGCAAGUUACCGAAGGACAUCGGGGCAUUGAGCAACCUGGAGGUCUUGUUCGUCUAUGAGAAUCGUUUUUCAGGGGAAAUACCUGUUGAGAUCGGGAACUGCACGAAGCUGAAGAUGAUCGAUAUGUUUGGGAAUCAUUUCAAUGGAGAGAUUCCUCCAACUAUAGGAAGAUUGAAGGAGCUUAAUCUGCUUCACUUGAGACAGAACCAACUCGUUGGUGGCCUUCCCGUCACUUUGGGCAACUGUCACCAACUGACGAUUUUGGACUUGGCAGAUAACCGGCUUUCCGGCUCGAUUCCUCCCUCGUUCGGGUUCUUAAAGGCGCUAGAACAGCUAAUGCUUUACAAUAAUUCUCUUCAGGGCAAUCUUCCUGGUUCACUCGCCAACCUCAAGAACCUCACCAGAAUCAAUCUAUCUCGUAACAAGUUCAACGGGUCGAUCGCUCCGUUUUGCAGUUCAAGCUCAUACCUUUCGUUUGAUGUCACGAACAAUGAAUUCGAGGGAGAAAUCCCUCUCCAGCUGGGGAAUUCUCCGAGCCUUGAUCGCCUGAGGUUAGGGAAGAACCAAUUCACAGGUAGAAUCCCAUGGACGUUGGGGAAAAUCCGUGAGCUGUCCUUGUUGGAUCUGUCGAGCAAUUCUCUCUCGGGAGCCAUACCGUUGGAGCUCGUCUUGUGCAAGAAGCUGACACACAUCGAUCUGAACAACAAUUUUCUUUCGGGGCCAAUGCCUCCAUGGCUGGGAAAGCUUCCGCAGCUGGGAGAGAUCAAGCUUUCUUCUAAUCAGUUUGUCGGUUCUCUUCCCACUGAGCUUUUCAACUGUACCAGGCUGCUUGUUCUAUCUCUCGACGGAAACUCUCUUAAUGGGUCGAUUCCAAACGAGAUUGGUAACUUGGGAGCUCUCAAUCUCCUCAACCUCGAAAGAAAUCAGUUAUCGGGUCCUCUUCCUCCAGCUAUAGGCAAGCUGAGCAAACUGUAUGAUCUUCGGUUAUCAAGAAACAGCUUAACCGGAGAUAUCCCAGUUGAGAUCGGACAGCUUCAAAAUCUUCAGAGUGUUCUCGACCUCAGCUAUAACAAUUUCACAGGGGAGAUUCCUUCUACGAUCGGGGCAUUAUCCAAGCUCGAAUCACUUGAUCUUUCGCAUAAUCAGCUGACAGGAGAAGUACCUGCCAACAUUGGCGAAAUGAGGAGUUUAAGUAACCUCAACCUCUCUUACAACAACCUCAAUGGAAAACUGAAGAAACAGUUCUCGAGAUGGCCUGCUGAUGUCUUUGAAGGCAAUGUCGGUCUCUGUGGAAGCCCUCUGAGUCACUGUAACAGAACAGGAAGCGACAACAAGCAACCUGGUCUCAGCGCCACAUCCGUUGUCAUAAUAUCGGCAAUCUCCACUCUGGCUGCAAUUGCUUUGAUGAUACUUGUAAUCGCUCUCUUCUUCAAGCAGAGGCGCGAUUUCUUCAAGAAAGCACGAGAAUCAAACAGUACAUUCUCGUCGAGCUCUUCUUCACAGGCUCAGCACAGGCCUCUCUUUCGCCCUGGAGCUGCAAAGUCAGAUUUCAGGUGGGAAGAUAUCAUGGAAGCCACGAAGAACCUUAGUGAUGAGUUCAUGAUUGGAUCAGGAGGUUCUGGAAAGAUCUACAAGGCUGAGUUGGAUGACGGAGAGGCAGUUGCUGUGAAGAAGAUUCUCUGGAAGGAUGAUCUCCUCUCAAACAAGAGCUUCAGCAGAGAAGUUAAGACACUAGGGAGAAUCAGACACAGGCAUCUGGUUAAGCUAAUUGGUUAUUGCAGCAACAGAGCAGAAGGUCUAAACCUGUUGAUUUACGAGUAUAUGGAGAAUGGUAGUGUCUGGGAUUGGCUUCACGCAAAGCAACCCGUGAACGGGAAGAAGAAGCAAGCUCUGGACUGGGAAGCAAGAUUGAGAAUUGCAGUAGGGUUGGCUCAAGGGGUAGAAUACCUUCACCAUGACUGCGUUCCACCCAUCAUUCACCGCGAUAUUAAAUCCAGUAAUCUGCUUCUGGAUUCCAACAUGGAACCGCAUCUGGGGGAUUUCGGGCUUGCCAAGAUCCUUACCGAGAAUUAUGACACCAACACAGAAUCAAAUACUUGGUUUGCAGGCUCGUACGGUUACAUUGCUCCAGAGUACGCAUACUCUUUGAAGGCGAGCGAGAAGAGCGAUGUGUACAGCAUGGGAAUAGUGUUGAUGGAGCUCGUGUGCGGGAAAAUGCCCACCGAUGCACCGUUUGGUGCAGAUAUGGACAUGGUGAGAUGGGUGGAGACUCGUCUCGAGACAGUGGGUCCUGGAAGAGAGGAGCUCAUAGAUCCAGAACUAAAGCCAGUUUUACCGUGUGAAGAAGAGAUGGCUUAUCAGGUGCUUGAAAUCGCAAUGCAGUGCACAAAGACUUCUCCUCAGGAGAGACCGUCUUCGAGACAAGCAUGUGACAGCCUUCUCCAUGUCUUCAACAAUAGAACGGCUGGCUAUGGCUACGGGAAGCUGCACCAUGACAACUCUAAAUGAUUUUUUUUUUUUGGAAACAAGAAACUGAAAACCCUGAAUCUGCGUUGUAGAGAGUGAUUUUAAUCUUUAAUGAUUGAUGUGAUCUUUACUUGAA